CGGGGAGGCAUCUCGGCCAUGCUGAAGCCGGACGGGCGGGCGACGCCGCGCCUCCCCGGAGCACUCCCCAUGGAGCGGCUGCCCGGCCAGCCCUGAGCCGGCGGCCCCCGGCCGCCCGCCCGCAGCCGCCCCCGAUGGAGCCCGAGGAGCGGAAGAUCUCGGUGUGGAUCUGCCAGGAGGAGAAGCUGAUCUCCGGGCUCUCCCGGCGGACCACCUGCUCGGACGUGGUGCGGGUGCUGCUGGAGGACAGCCACCACCGGCGGCAGCGGCCGGCGCUGCCCGAGCCCGGCGGCGGGAUGCUGUCGGGGCCGCCGCACUCCUACUGCAUCGUGGAGAAGUGGCGCGGCUUCGAGCGGAUCCUGCCCAACAAGACGAAGAUCCUGCGGCUCUGGGUGGCGUGGGGGGACGAGCAGGAGAACGUGCGCUUCGUGCUGGUGCGCAGCGAGGCUUCGCUGCCCAACGCGGGGCCGCGCAGCGCCGAGGCGCGGGUGGUGCUCAGCAAGGAGCGCCCCGGCCACGGCCUGGGGGCGGCCCGCGCCAGCCUGGCGCUCACGCAGGAGCGGCAGCGGCGGGUGGUGAGGAAAGCCUUCCGCAAGCUGGCCAAGAUCAACAAGAAGCGGCAGCAGCCGCUGGCCCGGGAGGCCUCGUCGGCGGAGAGGAUGGAGACGCUGGUGCACCUGGUGCUCUCGCAGGACCACACCAUCCGGCAGCAGAUCCAGCGGCUCCGCGAGCUGGACCGGGAGAUCGACAGGUACGAGGCCAAGAUCCACCUGGACCGCAUGAAGCGGCACGGCGUCAACUACGUGCAGGACACCUACCUGGUGGGGGCCGGCGGCGGGGAGCCGGAGCCGGGCCGGGAGCCGGGCGGGGCGGCCCAGCCCGCCGCCGGCCGCCCCGAGGAGGACUACGCCAGGAAGUGCGAGGAGGUGCUGCAGCUGCAGGAGCAGCGGGCGCAGCAGGAGGAGCUGCUGGAGCACCUGGCCGCCGAGAUCCAGGAGGAGCUCAACGAACGCUGGAUGAAGCGGCGUCGGGAGGAGCUGGAGCUGGCGGCGGGGCCCGGCCUGGCCGAGACGGACUGCGACACCACGGAGCUGAGCGGCGGCGGCGAGGGCGAGCUGCACCUGGAGCACGAGCGGGUGAAGACCCAGCUGAGCACCAGCCUCUACAUCGGCCUCAAGCUCAGCACGGACCUGGAGGCCAUCAAAACCGACCUGGACUACACGCAGCGGGCGUGGGAGGACAAGGAGCGGGAGCUGCAGCGCCUGCUGGAGACGCUGGGCACCCUGGACGUGGCGGAGGUGCCGGCGGAGCCGCGCGGGGCGGCGGGCGGGGGGCGGCCGGCGGCGGGGGGCAGCGCGGCCGGGUGGCUGGAGCAGGCGCGGGCGCUGCGCAAGGACCGCGCCGACAACGACGAGGACUCGGACACGGGGCUGAGCUCCAUGCACAGCCAGGACUCGGACUCGGUGCCCGUCUGCGAGUCCCUCGUCUAGCGCCCGCCCGCCCAGCCGGGCCCCGCAGCGCCAGGGGGAGAGGGCCGGGCUCCGGCCCGGCUCGCAGCGAAACCGGGCGCGCUACGGGCGGCGCGGUGUCUGCCCGGUGCCCCCCGCCC